AUGGUUGGCUUUGAAGGACCAUUUCGGAUUCCUGAUUCAACAAGUAUCGGUUUUAUGCUUCAGGUCAUAAACGAUAUUUACGCAUUUAAAAAGGUACAAGAACAUCCUAUCUCGCCCCUGACGAUUAGUUACGUAAUUUUCGUGGGUUCCAUCCUUUCGCUGGCAUCCUUAUCAGUCUCCCUCUUCAUAUUCUGCUACUUCAAGACGCUUCAGUGUUCUCGUAUUCGUGUCCAUCGGAAUUUGGUGCUUUCUCUCAUUUUGCAUGCUGUAAUGAUGUUGGCCAUAUCUUUGCCUGGGAUAUUCCGAACGGUGGAAGGAAUGUUUCGAGAAGUAGACUGGUUGUGCAAGGCCGUCCUAGUUCUGAAGAUGUACUCGGCAAUGACAUGUAUACACUGGAUGUUUGUGGAAGGCCUACUUCUUCACAGUAGCAUCACAGUGUCCGUGUUUCAGCAAGAGCCGCCUUUUAAACUUUAUUACGCUAUAGGCUGGGGUAUACCAUUCGUUUGCGUGGGUUCAUGGUUGCUGCUGAUGGCAUUAUAUUUGGACCGACCGUGCUGGAAAGGUUAUGGACACUCACCAUUCGUUUGGUUCAUCACCGGGCCCAUGAUCGUCGCUCUUGUGGUGAAUGCCGUUUUCCUUGUUAACAUCAUCCGCAUCUUGGUGACGAAACUCCGAACAAGCGUUUCCAUAGAAACCAAGCAAGUCAAGAAGGCUAUGAAGGCUACUGCUCUUCUGUUCCCACUUCUGGGCAUAACGCAUCUCCUUUUCUGUAUCAAUCCGAGAGAUGAGGCCAACUUAGAACACAUCUACAUGCUCGUCAACGCAGUCCUCCAGUCCUCGCAAGGCCUUUUCGUCGCUGUGUUGUAUUGCUUCUUGAAUUCUGAGGUACAAACUGUGCUGGCGACUGCUUACGCUAGAUCCACGUUGAAGCGAUCUCCCAGAAGAUCUUACCGCAGUUCCCGCUGUUCUCGGAUGCUAGGUUCGACCACUUCAACUUCAUUGUCUCCCGAUCUGCCCAAUGGAUCAGGCUUCACACCUCCGGGUCGAAUGCGGUUCGCUCUGCUGCAGAAGACUUCUCUGCCACUAAAGAACCGAUCUGAAGACCAAAAAGAACAACGUGAUGAGGAGAAGGUGGAAACAGCUUUCCUCAAGUGAUGUGGACUGUACACAAGAAAACGCCCACCCAAAAGAGAAGGAAUGCCGUAUGUAAAAAAUGUGGAUUGCUGUCGAGGUUUGAUAAUGAUUCAUCAGACUGCCUCCUCUGAAAUGGCUUUGAUAAAAGCUUAUUCGCAGUUGAACUGAAGCUUUUCGUGUUUUCAAUGUGAGUACUAAUGUUCAGAGGAGAAUGAAAUGCACAGGAGGCAAAGAUACAAUACAGUAGUGAAAAGUAAUGAAAAAACAAUUCGUAUGUAGAGCACUGUGUUCUGUUGAAUUGUGCAGAAUUAUACUUCAUCAGGCACUUCGGGAUAAAAAAAAAUAGGCAUAUGUCUUCAAGCAAGUAUCUUCUGCUUUUUAGAAAGAUCGUAGAAAAGGCGUUAGAUGAAAAAAUGCUAAACACAUUAAAAUACGUAUGUCCUAUUUGAAAUGUGCAUAUGGGUAAUUCGAUUGAUCUGUUUUGAUGCAGUUCUUCAAGAAAAGGUAUUUUUAUCUAAAAACAAUAAAUUUCAAAUUCGAAAAAGGAAUUCCGUGAGCAGCAGAACCAGGAAUAACCAAAAAAUAAAUGUUCGCCUGAAAAGAUAGUUGUCAUUCACUUCCUGUAAAUAAUAUUUUCUGUAUGUGCAAGAUAACGCUAAUAAAUAAGAGAAGCCACUUCAACUUCAGCUGUGAAUAGAAUUCCAAACAUAAAAAUUUCUUGUAGGAUUUUCUCUCAUAUAACCAUGUCUUUGUCCGGGAAAAUGCUAUUCUAGAGAUUUCUUUAAAAUGCAUAAAGAACUGUUAGGAUCUUAUUCCAGGCAUUGACAAGAUUUCUGAGCAAAAUUAAUAAAAAAUGAUAAUCUUAUUGUUAUCAUUCAGACUUGUGACUGAAAAUGUAUGAUAAUUAAUGAUCGCAGGUGCGUUACCAUUAAAAGUGGCUGUUAAAUGUUCCUGUAAAUACUUAUAAUCAUGCUGUAGUUGUGAAUCCUUUCUUUACUUCUAAUUGUGAUUAAAUGAUUGUACUUAUCGCCAUCAAAAUGGAAUCUGAAAUAUUUGACAAAGUCAGCGUGUUAUAAAUGCAUGUUAGUAGUUUUAUAGUUGUUCUGACGUGUGUCCUACACGCUUCAUAAAAUGUUAAUGAAACGUAUUUGGACCAGCACACAUAAGUAUUUAAUAAAUGAAUAAAAAUUCCUCAGAAA